CCUACACUAGCAUUAAUAGACUUACGAACGAAUACUCGACUUCUAGCUUGAAAUUCUUGGUACUCGUUUAAAAAUUAUGCCUGACCUGCUUAGCGUUGCGGCGAGUAUCGUUGGCAUUACUGUCCCCGCUCUGCACGGUACACGGCUUCUUUUGGAUGACCUUAACAAGAUCGUCGAUGCCCCAAACGUCGUCCAAACCCUGAGAGAAGAUAUAGCGUCAGUUGGAAUGGCCCUGCAAUCGCUUCAGACUAUUAAAGACCCUGAAUGGGAGAACCUUGGUGAAACGAUAGCCAAUCAGUCAAAAGCAACGAUUAGGAACUGCGAAAGACUGUGUAGCAUGUUCCGGGGCAACCUACAACGCUGGACAAAGCAUUCUGAAGGAAGACUGUCAUGGCAUGAUAGGGCCAAAGUUGGCUUCUUCAAAGAGCGUCAGAUUAAAGCCAUGUCUGAGCAACUUCAGAGCUGCAAGAUCGCUUUUAACUCAGCAGUUGGUACAGCAACCUUGUAUAGCUCCAUCCGCCACACUCAUAUUACUGAAGAAAUAAGAAAGACGAUUUCAACGAACGAGGCAGAGAUCUCUAAGGCUAUCACAUUGACAGCUUCGCAGCUGGCAGACGUGGAGGCUGCUUUACGAGAGGCACGCCUUACAGUCCCUACACAUGAUCAGGGUCAAAACAAUGAGGAUAUAAUAAGUUCAGUUAAGCAAGUUGAAGAGGAACAGGCGGCACUUAGCUGUUCGCGGAAAUUGCUCGAAGAGUUACUGUCAAAGGCACGAGAGGAUGUUAUAGCAAAAGCUGCGAGUGAAAGUCAGGAACGGUUAACACGAGUGACAUUUGGGAACAAUAACAGCGGCUUUCAGGUAGGGAUCAUCAACGGUCCUAUCAGUGGGAUCAGUUUUGGAGGAAAGUGAACAUGUUUCGGCGAGAUAAUAAGCUUCUUGAGCGUGGUUAUCUAUUUGUAACGUAAUUACAAAAGGUCACUACCCUAAGCAGGGAGGGCGGCCGACCCGCACCGACUAUACCCUUGUGAGGUGGCGAUUCUGUAGUUGUUCUCAGAUAGUUGAGUUGGUUGACUGGAGGCGUGGCCAAGUUGAAUUACAAGGCUGGGGGCUGACGUUGGCCCGCUUGCCGAGACCCUGCACAGCCAC